GACCGAAUCCUUUAAUAUGCGUAUGCGCGGAGAUUCUCUGAGUCUUGGCUCUUUACUUGCUCUUUACUUCCUCAAUCUUCAUCGUUACAACUUUAGUUAGAGCCUUUGAAUGAGCAGUUAUAGUCCAACAGUUAUUCUUGAUGUCGUCAAUUUUUCGAACUUAUCAGCACUUAUUUGUCACGUUAUACUCGGCAUCCAGGUUGCAUUGUACUAAAAUUUAUGUUACUUUUCUUACAUUCCAUUUUUUAAAGUGUAGUGUACUGGACGCGAUGUGUGUAAACAACGAUAAAUAAUUCAACUAUUACUGUAUUACCUGAUGUUGGUUACUCCCUAGUUUGGUUUAAGAUACGUCGUACCAACGUAUCGACCGAGAAAAAUGCCAACGUGACAUGUCUGUCUUUUUUGCCGUAUGGACAGUUUGACAAUUUUAAACAUACAAGGCGUAUAUUACUGACAGAUUUCUGAAAAUUCUGCAACCCUAUAUGCGACACCGGGAGCGCGUUCGGCGCCUCUCAGGGAUCGUAGUGGUGUUUACAAACCACACAAUUUGACGGUCGAGAAAUCGUCACCGUUCUCUCUUUGAAUUUAAGUAUCAAGAGCGCACAAGUGAGGUUAGGUUCUUUAGUCAUCAUGAUGAGCUUACGCGACCGUCAAAUAAACGCCCUGAAGCAGAUGUUGAACCUGAAUCAACCCGAGCCGAGGCUCGAGGACGCGGUGCCGACGUGGAAGAUCCUCAUCUACGAUCGCCUCGGCCAGGACAUCAUAUCGCCGUUGAUCUCGGUCAAGGAGCUGCGCGAGCACGGUGUCACGUUGCACAUGCAGUUGCAUUCGGAUCGCGACUCCAUUCCCGAGGUGCCGGCAAUCUACUUCUGCGCGCCUACGGACGAGAAUCUCGGGAGGAUUGGUCAGGAUCUACAGAACGGCCUGUAUGAUAUUUAUCAUCUGAAUUUUAUAUCACCGAUCUCCCGGCAGAAGAUGGAGGACCUGGCAGCCGCGGCGCUGCUUGGAGGUGUCGUUGCCAGCAUCCACAAGGUGUUUGAUCAGUACCUGAACUUUAUCACCCUGGAAGAUGAUUUGUUCAUCCUGCGCCAUCAAAACAGCGAUGUGGUAUCUUAUCAUGCAAUUAAUCGUGGCGACGUCAAGGAUACUGAAAUGGAGUCUGUGAUGGACAUCAUUGUGGACUGUCUCUUUUCUGUAUUUGUUACUCUAGGUACUGUGCCUAUCAUAAGGUGUCCCAGGGGCAACGCUGCUGAAAUGGUCGCGAAAAUGAUUGACAAGAAGUUGCGAGAGAAUGUGUGGGAUGCGAGAAACAACCUGUUCGAAGGGGAAGCAACCGGGCACUACAGUUUUCAAAGGCCUCUGCUCAUUGUGCUGGAUCGCAAUGUGGACAUGGCUACUCCAUUGCAUCACACAUGGACGUAUCAAGCGCUAGCACACGAUGUUCUGGAGAUGGCGUUGAACAGACUGGUUGUGGAGGAAAGCGUAGGACGAUCUCCCACUGGUGGGACACGCUCCAAGACACGUGCCUAUGAGCUGGACAACAGAGACCGCUUCUGGUGUCAGCACAAGGGUAGUCCCUUUCCUAGAGUGGCGGAAGCCAUACAAGAGGAAUUGGAGCAGUAUCGCACCUUUGAGGAGGAUGUAAAGAAGCUCAAGUCUUCGAUGGGCAUUGAUAACGAGAGUGAAGCAGCGCUGUCUAUGGUGUCAAAUAACACAGCGCGUCUAACGAGUGCCGUGAAUUCGUUGCCGCAACUGCUGGAGAUGAAACGCUUAAUAGAUAUGCACACGUCAGUCGCCACAGGUAUUCUAAAUGCAAUCAAGUCCAGAAGAUUGGAUACCUUCUUUGAAUUGGAGGAGAAAAUCAUGAGUAAGCAAACACUCGACAGGAGCGUCCUGGACACUAUCAGCGAUCCGGAUUGCGGUACUCCCGAGGACAAGCUGCGUCUUGCUAUUAUUUAUUACAUCUGCACAAAUAUGUCCGACGCGGAUUACAGUAAGCUCGAAACGGCCCUCACUACGGCCGGCUGCGAUCUGAAUCCUCUGGUGUACAUUAAACGGCUACGCAGCUACACGAGGAUAGCUGAGAUCCAGAGCAGCUACGAGGGCGGCGGCACUAAAACUGUCAGUAUGUUUUCCAAACUGAUGAAUCAAGGCUCGUCGUUCGUCAUGGAGGGCGUGAAAAAUUUGGUAGUGAAGAAGCACAAUCUGCCUGUCACCAAAAUAGUGGACGAACUAAUGGAGUCUAAGCAAUCCUCGCGAACCGAGGAUUAUCUUUAUCUCGAUCCGAAGCAACUCAAGCACACCGAGCAAAUGCCGAAGAACAGGCCGACAUUCCAGGACGUGAUAGUUUUCGUGGUUGGCGGCGGCAAUUACAUAGAGUACCAGAACCUAGUGGAUUAUGUGAAACAACGAAGCGGUGCCGGGGUAAAUAAACGUGUGAUCUACGGCUCCACAACCUUUAUCAACGCCAAACAAUUGCUCAAGCAACUUUCUCUGCUCGGCCAGGAAGUCCAUUAGUAAACGUUACAUAUACAUUCGUCA